AUGAACGCUGCAGUCUUCGCCCGAAUGUCUCCCGACCAGAAAACUCAGCUGGUGCAAAACUUCCGAGAUCUGGGCUACUGUGUGGGGAUGUGCGGAGACGGAGCCAAUGACUGCGGGGCUCUGAAGGCUGCCGAUGUCGGGAUCUCUCUAUCGGACAGCGAGGCCUCCGUCGCCUCUCCAUUCACCUCCAAAAUCAACAACGUCGAGUGCGUGCCCAUCGUCAUCCGGGAAGGCCGCUGCUCGCUGGAAACCUCGUUUGAGACGUUCAAAUACAUGGCAAUGUACAGCCUGACCCAGUACAUCACUGUCCUCCUCCUGUACACGGUGGACACUAAUCUGGGCGACUUCCAGUUCCUCCUGUUUGAUCUGGUUAUCACCACCACGGUGGCCAUCCUGAUGGGCAGAACCGGCCCGGCUAGUGAGCUGGGGAUAAAGCGCCCGCUUGGCACUCUGAUCAGUAUUCCAGUCCUGGGGAGCUUGAUAUGUCAAACCCUGCUCAUCCUUCUCAUUCUGCUGCUCUCCUACUUCCUGACCACAUCGCAGCCCUGGUACCACCCAGUUAAUACCACCAGCCUGGCACCUCAGCACCUCCCAAACUAUGAAAACACGGCCAUCUUCUGUGUGUCCGGGUUCCAGUAUCUCAUUCUCGCCGUCGUCCUAUCCAAAGGAUAUCCUUUCCGGAAGCCUCUGUACACCAACAUUCUGUACCUGCUGGCUCUGAUCAUCCUCCUUGCGAUGAUGUUGUGGAUCACACUCUACCCGCUUCUCUUCAUGCGGACAAUCCUGGACCUCAUGGCCAUCGAUGAUAUGAACUUCAAGCUGGUCUUAGUCGGGAUCACAGCGGUCAACUUUGUAGCCGCCUUCCUCAUUGAGACCUUCCUGGAUCACGGCUAUUGCAACUGCUUGCGGAAACUGUGCAGGAAAAAGGAGUCGAAGAAGGCGUACAAGAGAUUAGAGCUGCAGCUCCAGGCGCAGCACUCCUGGCCCCCCCUAAAUCAGACUUUGUACCCCAGCAGAGCCAAACCAUCCAGGUAG